CAUCGCGUAUAUAAAUGGAGACGCCAAAGCUCUCGGGCGAUCAGUUGAAAUUGGCUUGUGGCGCGAUCGGUCGUGGUUGACAAAGAGUGAAGUGGAAAUCCAGUGAAAAAGUCCAGUGAAGAGCCAAAGAAAUGGAUUACUUGCUGAAUAAAUUUACAUCUUCCGGGCCGAAGAAGCUGAAGAUCGCUCUGAUUGGGCAGAGCAACUUCGCCGCUGAUGUUCUAGAGCUGCUUCUCAGCGAUGGUCAUGAGAUCGUUGGUGUGUUCACAAUUCCUGACAAAGGAUCGCGAGAGGACAUUCUUGCCGUCACGGCCAAGAAUCAUGAGAUUCCCGUCUUCAAGUUUCCCGUGUGGCGCAAGAAGGGCGUCGCAAUUCCCGAAGUGCUGGAGAAGUACAAAUCCGUUGGCGCCAAUCUCAACGUUCUUCCCUUCUGCUCGCAAUUCAUUCCCAUGGAGGUGAUCGAUGGCGCUGCGCUGGGCAGCAUUUGCUAUCAUCCGUCGAUUUUGCCACGACAUCGCGGCGCCAGCGCCAUUUCUUGGACCCUGAUCGAGGGCGAUGCCAUCGGAGGCUUCUCGAUCUUCUGGGCCGACGACGGACUGGACACUGGCCCGAUCCUGCUGCAGAAAGAGGUGGAAGUGGAGGACAGCGACACUCUGGACACUAUUUACAAGAGGUUCCUCUAUCCAGAGGGCGUCAGCUCCAUGGGAGAGGCUGUGCAACUGGUGGCUGCAGGAACAGCGCCCAAAAUCAAGCAGACUGAAGACGGCGCGACUUACGAUCCGCCGAUGUUCAAGGAGGAAAACCAGAUCAUAAAUCUCAAUCAGUCUGCGAAGGGCGUCUUCAAUUUCAUCAGAGGCCUAGAUUCCGUUCCAGGAGCCAUCGCUUAUGCAUAUGACGAAAAUGAGGAGGAAGUCAUGAUCAGGCUUUUCGGAGCGCAGUUGUUCGAUGGCCCAGUUCCAGAGGGAAAGCCUCUAAAGCUCAAGGGACUGCUUAAGCCAGCUGUUGUGACUGAAAAAGGACUCUUGAUAACAGGAACUGACGGAAAGAUUGUAAAUGUUCAGCGAGUUAAGAAGGGAAGCAAGAUGAUUUCCUCCUCAAAAUGGUUCGAUCAGUCUUCUGGCCAAGUUACUCUGGAACUGACGGAAGCUGAGAAAGCCAUGGAGACGAGCUUGAAGGGCAUUUGGGAGUCAAUUCUCAAAACCGACAUAUCUGAUGACACAGACUUCUUCGCUUGCGGCGCUGGAUCGAUGGAUGUUGUACGUCUGGUGGAGGAAGUCAAGGAUGCAUUCGAUGUUGAGCUUGAGAACGAGACUCUCUUCAUGGCACCGACUUUCCAGGAGUUCUUCACUCAAGUGGUUCUGGUGUCUCGCCAGGGAGGAUCUUCAGGAGAGAUCACAGUCGAUUUCGAGGGAUUCACUAUCAAGGCGAAUAAGAGGGAAAUUCCCGUGCCCACCCAACUCUUUAUCAACGGCAAGUUCGUCGAUGCUGCGGAUGGUCGCACGCUGGACAUUGUCAAUCCAACAACCGAAGAAGUGCUCUGCAAGGUUGCGUUGGCUGGUAAGAGUGACGUUGACACAGCAGUGAAGGGUGCUUAUGAGGCCUUCAAGGGUCCGUGGUCUCAAGUGUCUGCGCGGCAGCGUGGACAGCUGAUGUUCAAGCUGGCCGAUCUGAUGGAGCAGCACAAGGAAGAACUGGCGACGAUUGAGUCCGUUGACUCGGGAGCAGUUUACACUCUGGCGCUGAAGACUCACGUCGGAAUGUCCAUUGAUGUUUGGAGGUAUUUUGCUGGCUGGACGGACAAGAUCGAAGGCUCGACGAUCCCAGUAAAUCCGGCCAGACCCAACAAUGUGCUGACAUUCACCAAGAGAGAACCGAUCGGCGUUUGUGGCCUCGUCACUCCGUGGAACUAUCCUCUGAUGAUGCUAUCCUGGAAGAUGGCAGCUUGCAUAGCGGCUGGAAACACAGUGGUCAUCAAGCCUGCGCAAGUGUGUCCUUUGACAGCCCUUAAGUUCGCCGAAUUGUCUGUCAAGGCUGGCUUCCCGCCUGGAGUGAUCAACGUCACAGCUGGAACGGGAUCGAUUACAGGUCAGGCGAUCGCUGAUCAUCCGCUCGUGCGGAAGCUCGGCUUUACCGGAUCCACGCCAAUCGGCAAGAAGAUCAUGGCGUCAUGUGCGGAGUCCAAUCUGAAGAAGUGUUCACUAGAACUCGGCGGCAAGAGUCCACUCGUGAUCUUCAGCGAUUGUGAUCUAGACAAGGCCGUGCGUCUGGGAAUGUCGGCGGUGUUCUUCAACAAGGGCGAGAACUGCAUUGCUGCCGGGAGGAUCUUUGUUGAGGACAAAAUUCACGAUGAGUUCAUCAGGAGAGUCCUGAAGGAUCUCAAGACAAUGACCAUUGGCGAUCCACUGAACAGAUCCACGGCUCACGGUCCACAGAAUCACAGGGCGCACAUGGAGAAGUUGGUGGAGUAUUGCGAGAUUGGUGUGAAGGAGGGCGCCAAGCUGGUGGCCGGCGGAAAGAGAGUGCCUGGCAUGAAGGGAUUCUUCUUCCAGCCAACAGUGUUCACGAACGUGGAGGAUCACAUGUACAUCGCGCAGGAGGAGAGCUUUGGUCCAGUCAUGGUCGUCUCUAAGUUCUCUGGAAGCAAUCUCGAGGCAGUUGUGCAAAGGGCGAACAACACAGAAUACGGCCUGGCGAGUGGAAUCUUCACCAAAGACAUUAGCAAGGCGCUGCUUUUUGCCGAGCAAAUAGAAGCUGGAACUGUCUUUGUCAACACUUACAACAAGACUGACGUCGCCGCGCCUUUCGGAGGCUUCAAGCAGAGCGGUUUUGGCAAGGAUCUCGGCAAAGAAGCGCUGAAUGAGUACCUCAAGACCAAGUGUGUCACCAUUGAAUUCUAGUGAUCAACGGCGAGAAAA